UAUAAAAAGCCUUGGUGAUUAUACACCAUCAGUUGGGUUCGGGACUUAUUACUUGCAAGUUCAAAAAUGAAACUUAUAGUGCUGUUCGCUGUUUUGGCCUGCGCGGCUGCCGGCCCAUUGUAUGUGGCUGAAGACGUUCACAUUGCUGUACCAGCUAAGACGACCAUCACGAAAAGCAAUGUAGCAGUUAACCAUGGAGGCCAUGUGGUUGCCAGCGUGCCAGUAGUUCACAGUGUGCCAGUGGUGCCAGUUCACCCAAUUCAUAUUUUGCACGCCGAGCCCAAGAAAACUACAGUGACCAAGAGCAAUUUGGCAAUUAACCAUGGUAGUACGCACGUGGUCCACACUGUACCGUUGGUGCAUGCCGCGCCCGUACAUAUUCUGCAUGCUGAACCUAAGAAAACUACUGUGACCAAGAGCCAGUUAUCUGUGAACCACGGUGGCACUCAUGUAGUGCACGCACCAGUGGUGCACACGACUUCGGUUUUAGUGCACGCUGUACCAGUGAAAACUCAUGUGCAUCACGUUCAGCCGGUGCACGUGGUACACUCUUCACCAGCUGUAGGAAGAGUGGGCGACGCAGCUAUAUCUCAUCAAAGCUCAACCGUUCACAAGACUGAACCUGUUUCUUUGAUUGCUAUACACCAUUGAUUUUCGCUAGGAUAACAUUUGUUUGUAAUAAAUUUAAUUAAUAUUUA